AAAGUAUUUAACACUUGAACGUAUAACAUUGGAGAAUGAAUAAAUAUGGAAAAUGAUGUAUUAACAGGAAGAAAAAAUAAUGUUUUGAGGUAGAGAAAUAAAUGAUGCUUGAUAUUUGAGUUCUCAAGAAUAUGAGAGUGAUGAUUACCUAUUUGUACCAACCACUAAACCCCACAACAACCACCAAACUUUAAUCUUCAAAUGCAAGAGAUUUAAUUAUCUCUCAAGUCUGCUUCCUUGCUAGGCAUUCCCUAUUCACAUUUCCUUCUCUUGUUAGUGAAUUUUGUAGCCACAUUUGUUACUAUUCUUGUAUCUCACUUAACCAAGUGUCUAUGAAUGGCAAAUAGUAGAUCUUGGACUCAGAUAUGGCCAUGUUUUGUCAAGCUAUGUGUUCUGAAUUUUGUCUUGGUUUUCAAAAUCACGGCAUUGGGGGAUGGCAGUGGAAGUGGUCCUACUGUUACAGCAGAAAACACUUGCAAGAACACAAAUUAUCAAAGCUUCCUCCCUCCACCGUACCAGAAUAUAUCUCAAAUGAUAUGCACACCUGUAUGGCACACCUAUGAAUUGAGGUACUUCCAGAAUGGUGAUACCACAACUAUCAUAUUAUCUGCUCCCUACACAAUAGGGUGGGUAGGAAUUGGGUUUUCUAGGGAUGGUAUGAUGGUUGGUUCCAGUGCAAUGGUGGGAUGGAUUAGUAAACAUGGUCAUGCAAAAAUCAAGCAAUUUUACCUAAGGGGUAGGAAGCAAUCAGAAGUCAUAAUAGACAAAGGUGAACUCCUCCUCAAUAAUAUCCCUGCGGCUGUGGCGACUAAUGGAGCUGAAAUUCAUAUAGCAUUUCAGUUGCAGAUGACAACCCCAUUUCAGAAACAACCAAUUCUGUUGGCUUUUGGUAGCAAAUAUCCACAGAACCACCACCUCUCCAAGCAUGAAGACAAAACAGCUAUCGUGUUUGAUUUUUCUGCAGGUUCUACGGGUCCUGUAUCCAGUGAAUUGAUUCAGAUGAGGACGAACCAUGGAAUUUUGGCUAUAAUAGGGUGGGGUCUAAUCCUGCCUGUAGGGGCUAUUAUUGCUAGAUAUUUCAGGCACAAGGAUCCCUUAUGGUUCUAUCUCCAUGCAAUCAUUCAGUUUGUAGGAUUCACAUUUGGGCUUGGUACAGUAGUUCUUGGAUUACAACUCUAUUCCAAAAUGCAUGUCCAUAUACCAGCUCACAGAGGCAUAGGCAUCUUUGCUCUGGUACUAAGUAUUCUUCAGGUAUUGGCACUCUUCUUGAGACCAAACAAGGAUUCCAAGAUCCGAAAAAUUUGGAAUUGGUACCACAGUUGGUUUGGAAGGAUGGCACUUAUAUUUGCAGCCAUUAACAUAGUGUUGGGGAUGCAAGCUGCGGGGGCAGGCAGUGAUUGGAAGAUAGGCUACGGAUUCGUUUUUGGUAUUAUGGUUGUUGUAGCUAUUGUUCUUGAAGUAUUGGCUUAUUUGAAAAAAUCAGAGAUGCGUUCUCUACCUCCUAACUUCCAAUUGGACCCUGUUGGAGGAGCUACAUUUCCAACAGGGGGAAUGUGAUUGCUGCUAGUUUUGCACUUCCACAAGCGUUGUCAUUUGUUCCAUUAAACCUGCCCAUGUUAAAUCACAUACUGGUUCAAGUCUGUGUGUGGGCAUAUCAUUUGAAUUCUUUUUGGAAUUGUUCCUUGAUGACAUUUCUGGGUGUGCUUUCCUGGUGUACAUAUAGGUGCAAAAUGCGUAUAUAGCCAGCUAGAAGUUUGCCAAGUUGGACAAUCCAUGCUUGGCCUUCUCACUCAACUUCACGAGAUUGAAUUCUUUUGGCUUGCUUUUUCUUCAUCGGAUUUCUGUUGCUUGGUCAAGAAUGUAAAUUACUAUUCAUAUGAGCUUCCAUUUACCGCUACAUUUUUUGUGAUUCGUAGCUCUUUUUUCUUUUUUCUGGAGAUGUAUGUAUUGGAAUUUAAGAAUCAUACUUUUCUCUUUGUUGAGUGACAAGAUUACAUUCAUUCACCACCUUCUUCAAGACGGUUAGCCCUCUCUAUAAUUUGACAGGAACAUACAAAGUUCGUAGCA